AGAGGGGGUGUGCGUGUGUUGCUUGUGUUAAUUCCGGUACGUUGAUAGAAUAGAGGGAAUUUAAUUAUUGCCAUUUAUAAAAUGGUCAUUCAUAAUGUCGUGGACGUUACUGCAAAAGGAAGGUCACGAAACGCAGACACCUUUAGAGGCGGGAGAAGCUCCGUGUGAACCGGUGGGAGAGGAGGUGCAGAGGCUUAAUGUGAUUCACUCAUUGCCAUUUCUUCUCACAGCUGAGGAGCCACAAUGCAUGCAGAGAAUUUUGCCAAAGGUGCAGCAGGGUUUACCAAGUGCAAGUGCAGAGUUCCAUUUAGCUGCCAGUUCCACUUUCCUCACGAUCCUGGAGAAAAAAUUGGUUCAUCCACGCACCUUCACACAGACUUUCCUACAGGGAAUUUUGUCUUCCAUAGAUAGUAGAGAUCCAGUGGUAGCCAGUGCGUGGCUUGAAACCUUGUUGGAUGUGAUAGAUCUGUUGCCUGCCACUGUCGUCAAGUCUGAUAUUUUGCCAGUAGCCAUUGCCAAAGGUCAAAUUGCUCAGCCUGUAUCUACUCGUCUCACAGCCUGCAAAUUACUUGGGAAAAUAGCAACAAAAUUUGAACCCUAUAUGCUGAAGAAGGAAGUACUACCACUGAUACAUUCACUGUGUCAGGAUGUGAACUAUGAAGUCCGUGCUUGCAUCUGUUCACAGUUGCAUUAUGUUGCUAGAAGUCUGGAUGCGGAGACAGUGAAGCCAGCUUUAUUGCCAUCAUUAGUGGAACUAGCAAGUGAUGAAGAAAGUCACGUACGACUUGAAGCUGUGGAAACUAUUGUCAAUAUGCUUCCUACUUUACAGGCAGAUUCAGUGAAGUUUACAAUUGUUCCUCUGGUGAAGAAAAUGUGUGAACAGUCUUUGAGAGCAGAAGAUUCAGUGAUGGUGAAGAUAUCGGAGCAAUUUGGAAAACUCUGUCUCGGUUUAGAAAAGCUGCUUACACCACAGGAGAAAGCAUGGAUGUUGCGACACUACCAGAAAAUGGCUGAGUUGGGACUGCCUCAGGUGAUGAAGACAAAUGUACCUGACUAUGCCAUGAUGCCAGAUGUGGUACCAGCCAACACUGACAACCACAUUGCAUGCAGACAUAAUUGUGCUUACAACUUCCCAGCCAUCACCGCGUUUUGUGGUACAGCUGGAAAAAUGGAUAACUUCAGUCAACAACUGUACUCCACAUUCCGAGAUCUUGCAUGUGAUCCAUAUUUCAUGAUUCGGCAUACAGUUGCCUGUGGCUUGUAUGAGAUUGCAGGGAUAUUAGGAUCAGCCAGCUCAGUGUUGAAACCUGAGCUGAUAACAUUGCUGAAGGAUGAUGCAGAAGUGUUACAAGGGUUGGUGCCUCACUUGGGACAAACACUGUUACUGCUUUCUAAGGCAGGCACCUUUUCACCAGAUUUUAUGGACAACACAGUGUUGAACAUUGGACGAGCUCUCAUCAAGUGUGAGGCAGAGAUCAGCAUGACUACCAACUGGAGGCUUCAUGCAGAGAUACUUGGUCAGUUGGAGUAUUUGCCUCACUGCAUGCCAUCAGAUUUCAUCUAUAGCCACUUCAUUCCAAUUAUUUUCCACCGUAUACAUGCUGCUCGUCCUGUCCCAUGUCGCAUGGCAGCUGCAAGAACUAUGCUGGUAUUUUUGCGUUACAAUGUGAAAGAGACCCAGAAAAAUGCAAUCCGAGCACGUAUUGAUACAGACCUACGUAACAAUGACAGCUGCUACAAGCGCUUGCUGUAUGUGAAGAUGUGUGCCACUGCCAUGGAUUUAUUCUCUAAACAUUACUUCAAGGAAUACUUCUUCAUGCCUCUCAUUGACCUUGCAGAUGAUCAGGUUCCCAAUAUUCGACUGACAGUGGUCAUGAUGUUCCCAAAGCUGAAGUCUAUGCUAUGUCUACCAGGAGAUCACAAACUGUUGACAUCAUUGGAAGCACAUAUUCGCAACCUGUCAAUCAAUGAAAAGGAUCGAGAUGUGAAAGCACAGUUAAACCUCACCAUAGAAGCCUUGGAUGCUAUAGAAGUUCAAGUGGAAGUGAUUGGCAGUCAACCUCCUGCAUCAAAGGAAGAUAUAGAAGAUCAAAGAAAAGCUGAUGAAGAAACAAAAUUAUCUGGAAUUGUGUCAGCAUUAGGCAAACGAAAAUUUGUGGGUCAGACAGAUCUAAAGAGACGGUUUAUUGAGUUUAAAAGUCCACCAGUUCCUUCUGUGGCAGAAAAAAAGAACUAUUCAUCAAAUAUACCUACAUCAAGCCCAAUCAGGACAAGCCUCCAACACCCAACAACAUUUUUUGGUGGUGUUCCACAUAAGAGCGCAAUGCAAAGCUGGCAGUUUGCACCUGCAACUAACGACAUUUCCCAACAAGCACAGAAAACUUACAUCUGUUUAGCAAAACACAAUAAGUUGGGGUGCUGUUCUGCAUCUCAUUUUGAAUUUCCUCAAAAUCCUUCAUCCGGUAAAGAUUUCUGUGAAUGUGUAGCUGGGAAUGAAGACAUGCACUUACAAAAUCUAAGCCUUUUACGAGAAAACCUCAUUGCUUCUGCUGGUUUACCCAAACUCACAGCUGAUGCUUCUGAUCCUAAUGAUGACAGUGCCAAUCAUUUGAGGGAGGUAUGUAAUACUGUAGGAGAUGACACAACUAACAUGCAUGGCCCUAAUUGCAGUACCUCAGAUAAUCAGCUUGCAGACAUACUUAAUUUUGAAUGCAAAGUAUAUGCUUUGGGUGGUGUGCCUCAUCCUCAACACAGACAUUGGCAGUACCAAGAAUUUAACCCCAGCAUUAAUUGCAGUCUGGAUACUAACCAUGCAAUUGGAAAUUGUGAAUUAGCUACAAGGUUUAUUGUUUCCAGCUUGGAAGAUGAGUUCUAUGUCGAUGCUGGAAUUCGAAUACCACAGCAGCUUACCACAUCAGAUUUCACACCAUUACCAUCCAGGAUACCAAAUUUACGUGAAAUACUCUGCAAGAACAAUAGCACUUCUGUUAGUAUAAAUUCACAGAAUAUUUCACAGUCAGUUUUGCAGAAAGAAUUUAAGAGAGAGUGCAAGACUCCUGAACCUGGAAAUUGUAGUAUGGAGUCAAAAUCCAAGUUCAGUGGAGCACACAAAAUAGUCACAAAAACUAGUAAUGUAACAGCAGCCUCAAAGCCAUCAGUUUCUGCUAAUGUUACAGCAAAGAAAACCUUUAUACCAAGUAACAUUAGUAAACGUAAUUCUGGAGUUUUCAGUGGCAAGGUUGACUAUCAGGGUCAGCAGACUUCAAGGGGUAAAUUUAAUUCAUCAAAUAAGCAAAAGCCAGCAGUAAAUGUCCCAGCUACCAACAGACGGCACAGCUACAUAGAGGGAGACAAAGUUGUGAAAAUAAAAGCUGGUGACAUCAAUGAGGAAAAGAAAGAUUCUAGUAUGUCUGAGAACAGGAGACACAGCUACUUAGAUAGAUUACAGAUAUCAGCAUCGCAUGAUGGUACAGAAAAGCAUAAGGAAACUUUUACUGUGAAGAAGUUAAACCCACAAAGCCAAGAUCUCUGUGAAGCAAAACUGUCAGUAACUACUGUUACCAGCAAGCGGCAUAGUUAUAAUUCAGUAGUACAAACUAAGAGAGGGGAUACAGAUAUUCCAAUGAUUAAAAGAGGCGCGGCAUCAAAUCGUCAUUCUGUAGGGCCAGAGACUCGUAAAAGUACAUUUAAUUCCCAGAGCCAAAUUAAGAGGGGAACAUCACUAGACAGAGAAACUGGAACAGAUGUUACUGUUAUUGGUAAUACUGUAAAGAGACGGAGUAUGAUUAUGCCAUCAACUGUGAAACAUACAGUGCGGCGACACAGCUCAUUGGAAAUGGAUGAUAUGGACAGGUUGACUAUACAGGCAAGAGUACAAGGAAGAAGGGUAGAAAACAAGUUCCUCUCUAGUAGUGUGCAAAAAGAAUUAAUGAUGUUUACAUCAACAAAUGGAAAGACUGUUAACAAAAUGAUUGAUAUUAGUAAAACUGAAUGCAGUAGAAAUACACAGAGAGAAUUGCAUUCUUUGGAUGAUGUUGGGACUACCAGUAAAGGAAACCAUGCAAGUAAGAUACCACGAGGAGGGGGUACAAGUUGCCAUUCAAGCCCCGGAAAUAGUCGGGCAUCAAGUCCGACUGUUCUUGUAUGUGGCAGUAGCAGUAGGCUCCGCCAGAGGACAGCACCUAACAGUCGAGCAUCCAGUCCAACAGGAGCAGAUAAAUUACAGCAGAGGCUAUCUCUGGGAAGCUUGAAUUGUUACAUAAGCAAAUUGAAGCUGGCAGAGCCUGGAACAAGCAGAUUACCUGUCAGCAUCCAGACUAGCUAGGGACCAGGCAGCCUGUUGUCCAUUGGGUACCAAGGGUCCUUUCCCUGGGAGUGAAGAAACUGAGGCAUGAAGUUGACCGAUUACCUCCAUCAAUGCCAAGGUUAAGAAUACAUGGAGUUGUAUCUCCAGUGCCUUAUGUGUCUUCAUUAAUUAAUGAAACACAGGGACGAUUUUAUCUUUACCUUUACUAUUAUAUCCACUCAAUUAAAGAUAACAGUUUCUUCCACUUGAAUCUUGAAUCUCAAGUAAAAUUAUGGUGUUAUGAGAUAUUAAUAAACUGUUUAAAGCUGUGAUAUUUUUCUUGUAUUACACUAUUAAAAAUUUUUCAUAGAUAGAAUCACAACAUUAAUGUACACUAAGUAUCUCACAACCAUAGCUCUAUAACUGUCCUUAGGAUUUCAUGGUCUGUAUCCAGUAUAUUGGUUUGCCUUUGGGGUUUAGCUGCACUGUGUGCUGAUGUUAUUUCAAUGUUUUGACAUACACUGCAUUUGCAGAUGUUUUAGAGUGAAUUAGGAGGAGAAUGCAAUCCACUAUAUAGGUCUCACAGUAGAAGUAAGGGUGGGGGCUGUAGAGCAUGUCACUAUCCAAUGGGAAGGAGCCAUGUCCUUAUAUAGUAGCAGUCUCAUAAUGGGAAUAAGGGUGGAGCUAUGCAAUGGAUAGGAUUUAUUCUGAAAAUGAUGACUGCAGUGUAUUUUGAAACAGGACAGCCCCAACACAAUACGUGGCUAAGUACUGAAAGCCAGAAGUACAUAAUAGCUAUAUUAUCCAGUGCUUGUCACCCACUUCAGUGGGUAGAUGAUUAUGUUUUCUCAUUUGUUGUUUAAUUCAUGAAGUAAUACACUGUUUAUUAAAGGUAUAGUGAUGGCUAGGUUAUCUGAUUUGUAGAUUAUCAUGGCUGUAGGACAGCCACAGAAUUCUCUUUCUUACAGCUGAGUGUACUGUGACACAAAUCUUCCAUAAUCCUUGCCCUAAUGAGGUCAUUGGAUUUUUUUCAAUUGACCUAAUCCUUCCAGCCAUACUGUGGCCCUGGGGUCGACUCAGCCUC